AUGGCAACCUCCCCAAACGAAGCAACAAGCCGUAGCCAAACAACCCUUUCGCCCUCCCAAUCGCAAACCCACUCCACCCAGGACGUCUCCCUCCAAACCCUCGUAACUCAUCUCCUAGCAUCGAAGCGCUCGCUCUCCUCCAUCGACACCGUCUGGCGCGCCAACGAAAUCGUCACCGCUGAUCGUGCCGCCCUCGAAGAAAGCGUAAUCCUCAAUGCACGAACCGAGUUCCUGCGGAAUGGCAUCUCGGGACAGGUCAAGAUAUUAAGGCGGGUUAGAGGGGGGAUUGAGAAUGUUUAUAAAGAUGGACAAAAGGAUUUUAAGAAUGUUAUCCGCACGCUUGAUGCUGCGAAUUCGAGGCUGGAAUCUACGAUGGAGGUUUUGAGGUCGACUAUGGUGGAGGCGGCAUUUAGACCUGAGGGGGAGGAGCCGAGGAAUUUAUUGGAUUUUGUGGAUGAAGAGGGCGUGGAGAGUAUGCGAGAUGCAUUGAAGGAGUCGAUUCGGGAGACCAAGGAGGCACAAACAGACUUCGAUUCAUCCAUUCUAUCCUUCGACGAUGAUCUUCGCGCCCUCAAGAUCGCCAUGACAUCCUCACCAACCAAACCGAGCUCUUCCCAAUCAGAUAUUGAUAUCUCGUCCCCAUUACCGGAACACCUUCAUACCCUCGAAAACAAUGCGCAAGAGAUGGCUAGUCUGCUUCAGUCACUCGUAGACCACUUUGAUCUAUGCGUAAACGCAAUUCGAAACACAGAAGGCGGCUACGCAGCUGCUCUAAAAGCCGCCUCAGAUCAACCACCAGGCGCAGACAAAGUAUCCGUCUCCGGAGUCAUGAAUGCAGACGGCGAAUCUGCUCACGAAGAACCGAUAUCCGAAGAAGAGCGAAAAGAAAUGCUCGACGUCCUCGAAAAAGACGCCUCCCAAGUCGACGACGUAGUCAUGGAACUACGCGAAUACCUCGCCGACAUGGAAGUCCGGCACGAAGCCAUAAUCGCGCACGUAGCCUCUCAAAACACCACCUACAAUGAAACCACGAAAGCCUACACCAUCCUCGAAGCUGUCGGCUCCCGACUCCCCACCUACAUUGCCGCAAGCCAAGACUUCCGCCUCCGCUGGACAGAAACAAAACUCCAGAUCCAAGAUCAACUAGCCGAACUCGAAUCCAUGCGUCUCUUCUACGAAAACUACCACGCCUCGUACGACAGCAUGAUCAUCGAGGUCUUCCGGCGCAAACAGAGCGAGGAGAAGAUCCGCGGCAUCGUGAAGAAGGCCAUGGAGCAGAUUGAGAAGGUGUAUGCGGCGGACACGAGGGAACGAGAGGGGUUUCGGUUGGAUGCGGGCGAGUAUUUGCCUGUGGAUUUGUUUCCCGGUGUUAAUACGCCGGCGCCGAGGUGGGAGUUUGUGAUGGCUGAGGGUCAGGGGGGCGCGAGUUUGCCGGAUGUGGAGAUGGGCGUUGUGGAGGCUGCUAGUAGGAGGGAGAGGGAGAGGGAGAGGACGGAGAGGUGA